AAGAAAUGCUGGAAUAAGCUUUAUUGAUUUAAAAUGGUUUCCAAAAUAGAAAAAUGGUUACUGUUUAUUUUAUCAUACGAAGCAGCUAUAUUGUGUUUUAUUACUCGGCUUCCGUGCGUUCAUUAUGCUAGCUUUAAAGUUUCUUCUAACCGAUACAUUGUCGGGAAAAUCAAUGAUGAAUUUCAAUCCAUUACAAAAGUGGAUUGUGGUUUAUUAUGCAUCUCAAAUUCAGCGUGUAUAUUAGCUAACUACAACAAUAAAGAAAGUUUAUGUCAAUUAGUUUCUUCUACAGGAACAGAGGAAAUAAGUUUUAAUUGGGAUAUUCUUGAGACAAAUUCAAGCAACGACAGAAAUGUUGGACCAUAUUGCGAACAAGGUUAUUUGUGUUUGAAUACAGAAUGGUGUAGAGACGUAUGCAAAGACAAUAAUGUGCAUCACUACGUUUGCAUAAGUAAUAAAAACGUAGCUCGAUUUGGCAUAGCUUAUCAAUCGUCAACCUACAGCUACCAAACUAGGGCUGCCUUAGCAAUAGAUGGAGACUUUACAUCUAAUUCUUAUUUUCAAACUGACAUGACAGAAGUAAACUGGCUAAAAGUUGAUUUAAAAUAUAUAUACACAAUUACUAGUAUUAAAGUGACAAACACUUUUGGUAAUCAAGAAAGAUUAAUUGGCUAUAAACUGAUGGUUAGCGACAUCGAUAACCUUGUUAGUUACACAGAGGUAGCAACGUUAACAAGCAAAUGGAAACAAACCUAUAAUUGUUCAAAAGCUAUACGCUAUAUUCUUAUAACAAAAGUACCAGCUCAAAAUCAAUAUCUUCAAAUAACAGAAUUGGAGGUCUUUGUAUAAGUUGUCUUAGCUUUUUAAAAAAUAAAAUGUGUGGUGUUUAAAGCGUAUUAAAAAACGAUCAAGCGUUCACAUAUUUAUUAUAUUGGUUAGCGACAGCGAUAACCUUGUUAAUUACACAGAGGUAACAACGUUAACAAGCAAAUGAAAACAAAUCUAUGAUUGUUCAAAAGCCAUACGUUAUGUUAAAAAGCUAUAUGCAAACACGCAUUUAAUGUUAAACAAGUUUAGUUCAUUCAAACCUCUUCAAAACUUUAGGUUUUUCCCAAUUGUUUACAAACUUAGAUUUAAAUUUUUACAAACUUAACAAAUUUAACUUAACAAUUAUUUUGUAAUAAAAACUUUUACAUAGAGAUGUUGCCAAUUAUUUUGUUAACAAAUUUAUAUUUUAAAGAAAAAAGAAGUAUAAUAUCACAAAAUUUUUAUUUAAUGUUAUCGAGGCAACUUUGACCAUGAGGAUUGCUGUUAAUAUCCCGCAAAUAUACAAUCCUGUUGUUGGAACAGAAUAUAAAAGUCCAAGAAUAUUAAAACUCAGCAACAGACUGAUACAAUUGACAGCAGCGUUAAAGAGCUCCUUCAGCGUGUGAGAUUAGAUAGAACCAAUACUCUUAACACGAGGAAGAAAAGGAAAAAAAAGCUCUCUCAAAAAAGUGUUAGAAGUGAAAGCUUUCUAAACAUUGAUAAAAAAGAUCCUGCAAACUAUGUGAGUAGAAGCAGGGGGUUAUUUGCAUUCUUUUGUUUUUUGAAGAAAGGUAACAAAAGUAUCAUAAACUGAUAGAAGCUCUACAGAACUGGGUUUUGGGUUAUAACUUGAAAUUUUUACUUAUGUUGGAUGAAAAAAAAUUUAAUUUACAUU